CCCCCCACGAAGCCUGAGGAGCAGGCAGAAGAGAACGUGGAGGGGGUAAAAGCUCCAGUGUGUGAUUCCUGGAGGAGAUGGAUGUUGGGUCUCUUGCCUUUCUUUCCCUUUAUUGCAGCCAUUGCACUGACACUCCACUACUUAACAUCUCCGCCUUGCUCAGUGUUCUUUCUUGGAGGCAGCGUGGAGUUCCCAAACCUGAGCUUCUCCUCGGAGCUGGCUGACUCCACCUCUCCUCAGUUCCGCCUGCAGGCUCAGGCUUUGAACCAUUAUUUCUCAGACCUCUACAAGUCCUCUCCGUGGAGCCCUUACCACGUACGCUCAGGAAUUACUGCCUUCAGUGAAGGAGCAGAAGGGCUCGCCGUCUUCUACUGGAGUAAAUUCUCUGCCCCAGACAAUGUUGCGAUGGAAAUUCAGACCUCCAGCCCAGAGAGGCUGCAGCGGCGGCUUCCCGGCAGCAACAAGAUUCAGCGGGAAAGCCGCAACGAGCAGCGCUACUUUAUGCAGCAAGAUGAUGACAUACUUCAAUUACUGGGUUUGGACCCUGACGACUUUGAUCCAGAUGAAAGAUCUGACAAAAUCAAAAAUCCAAAUAGUAUCCAGGGCGGGAAAUGGCAGCUUGGCUUCCAAGCCAUGUCCUUUGACCUCUAUGCCAAAUAUGGUAACAACCGCACCCUGAGCCUUGUGAGUCCCAAGAAGCCAUACUACCAGUGGAGACUUCGUGUGCCAUCGGGUCACGUGGUUCGAUUGGUCGUCCUCACCCUUCAUGGCGCCACACCAGGAAGCUGCACCGCUCACAAGCUCUCUGCAUAUGACUUCUUACUUCCUUUACAGAACAAGAUAAUUGCCAGGUGGUGUGGGCUGCCUAUUUCAGGCUCAUCUCCGGUUAUGAAGCUGACAUCCUCUGGGAAUGUGAUGCUAGUCACGUUCUCUUUCAGCAGACAGAGGGAUGGAGCCAUCUUUAAAGCUUACUUCCAGGCCAUCCCAAAAGCAGGUUGUGGAGGGUCAAUUUCCUCCUGGAAUGGCUCUAUUUCCUCACCCUACUACCCUUCCUAUUAUCCUCCGAAUAUAGACUGCAUUUGGACACUGAGGGUGCCAUUACCAGGAUACCUGAUCUCCAUAACUAUUGUGACAAUGGACAUUCAGGAUUCUCCAUCAUCAGAUGGCUGUGAGAAGGACUGGCUGGACAUCGGAGGAGUGAAACUGUGCAAUCCAGUGUCAGACAGCGGCAAAAAGCGAGUCUACUCCUCUCCUCUCACCCUCCACUUCCACUCUGAUGAAUCUCUCACCAACAAGGGCUUCUACUUGCUAUACCGAGCCUUCGCCCCAGAGGGCACGUGCCCUCGCCAGUUUCGCUGUGGAGAUAGUCGCUGCAUCCCUCUGAAGAAGGUGUGCGAUGGAGUAAAGGACUGCUCAGACGGACGGGACGAGGCUAAAUGCUCAUCCUGCAAGCCAGGGGAACUGUUGUGUGGGAACAACCAGUGCAAACCUCAAAGCCAGUGUGUCAGUCAGAGCAUUUGUGCGGACAGCAGUGAGGAGGGCAGCUGUGGGGGUAAAUGUUACCACGUCUGUCCCAACAAGGUGUGUUUGUCUAAGUCGUCUGUGUGUGAUGGUGUCAUUGACUGCAAAGACCGCAGCGAUGAGCUCAACUGCACCAGAGCAUAUGUUAAAGGCUGCUCCUCAUCCUCCUACAAAUGUGCCAAUGGGAAGUGUGUCAGUAAGGUCAACCCGGAGUGUGACGGCGUUAAAGACUGCUACGAUGGCUCUGAUGAGCUGCGUUGUGGCUGUGGAACCAGGCCCAAAAAACGCACCAAGAUAGUGGGAGGGAGUGACGCCGUAGCUGGGUCAUGGCCAUGGCAGGUCAGCCUCCAGAUGGAUCGCUACGGGCAUGUCUGUGGAGCCACGCUGGUCUCAAACCGCUGGCUUAUCUCUGCUGCUCAUUGUUUCCAGGACUCUGACGCCAUUAAAUACUCAGAUGCACGUGCGUGGCGUGCAUACAUGGGAAUGCGUGUGAUGACGACAGGAAACCAAGGAGCAGCCACCAGACCGAUCCGCCGCAUCCUCCUCCACCCACAGUAUGACCAGUUCACGUCUGAUUAUGACAUCGCCCUCCUCGAGCUCAGCGCACCUGUUUUUUUCAGUGACUUGGUGCAGCCUGUGUGCGUCCCCGCCUCCUCUCACACUUUCACCACGGGGACCAGCUGCUAUGUCACAGGUUGGGGAGUUCUUAUGGAGGAUGGUGAAUUAGCCUCUCGCCUACAAGAGGCCUCGGUGAAGAUCAUAAAUAGAAGCACCUGCAACAAGCUGUACGAUGACGCCGUCACUCCCAGGAUGCUGUGUGCUGGGAAUCUGCAGGGAGGUGUGGAUGCAUGUCAAGGUGACUCUGGGGGUCCAUUAGUGUGUCUGGAGCGAGGCAGGCGGUGGUUCCUUGCGGGGAUCGUGAGCUGGGGCGAGGGCUGUGCCAGACAGAACCGCCCCGGCGUCUACACGCAGGUGGUCAAAUUCACCGACUGGAUUCGUCAGCAGACCAAAGGACAGGUCUGACCAAUCAAACGUCUUACUCACGUGAACUACACGACAGAGCUAACGCACAGGAAGGAGGUUUCAGACCUGAAGUCUGUCUUCAGAUUGUCGUCAUGACGGAUGGCAACACAAUGAGUCAGUUUUUGGCAGUGUGUCCAAGGCAUUGGGCCAGUGGGGGCAUCAUCCCUGUUCCAAACCUUCCUGCUUCCUCAUAUUCCUCAAACAACGGCAGCAAUGUUGCAUGGACAAAAAAGAAAACAAAAAUCUGAUCUUAAGCUGAUUAUCGAUUCACUUGUUUUGGCUUGCUGCAUUUAAACGCUAACACUGGAAUCCAAGACAAACAAUGUCACUCAAGAAACUAGUCCAGCUACAUAAAUUGCACUGCUCACUCUAGAGCUGUGGAAGGCUCUACAGCCUGCAACUUGCUUUAUGAAUUACACUCCCAAGCUCCCAUCAAGAGGCUGUUUUUUGUUUUUUGUUUUUUUUUUACAUUUGGUGAAGUUCCCUGUAAAAGUCUUCACAUUUGGCACCAAACACCAGCCUGUCGCAAUCACACAGGCUGGUACGCAUCAGGUUUCAGAGCAGAUCUGAGGUGGGCUACAUUAUCCUGUGCGUGUAAAUGUUGCCAAUUACUUCCUGUUUUUCCAUUCACAGCUACAUUGUUCACUGCAGAAACAAACCAUGUCCUGUGCUGCAUGCAGUCUUAUUGUGAAAAGAGUUCUUUCUUGAACAAUACAUGUAACCCUGUAUUUUUGUACUCAUUUGCAUUACCCCGUGUACUGUAUGCUACUGGAUGUGUUCACAGCUCACUCUGAGUUUAAGAGUUGUUCUUGUACUGUAUAUGUACGUCUGUGCAUUUGUAUAUCACACAGUCAUAGCUUUAUGUGCGGUAUAUGUUGUAACUGUAGAUAAGAGAGCAGUCCAUCCAUAGUAGGUGCUUUUCAGUUUUACUGUGAUUUAAUUUAUCUUAACGGUGCCACUUUUAUACUUUAUGUCCUAUUAAAAAGCCUCCACAUUAAACCUGAGGACCCAGUAAGAUUACCAUUACCAGACCUAAGUGAGCCUUUCUAUGCAGACACUUAAGGGUUUGGUCCAUUUCUCCAUCCUCAUUCAGCUCACCCCACCACCCAGUGGACAAGCUGUGCCAUUACAAUGUACCAUGUACAAUAUCCCCUGAAGAAAUGAAGAAUAAAAAAACUGCAAUUUACAUCAUUGUUAAAUAAUUCAUUUCCCUUUAUAUUAAAGACACAUUA